AUGCAGAUCUCCUCUUCUCUGCAGAGAUCCAAUAUGAUGAGAUUCAUUCUGUGCUUUCUGCUGGCCCUGGUCUGCGUGGAGCUGGUCUGUUCCCUGGAGUGUUACGUGUGUCUGACACCCACGCCAAGCGAUGACUGCACGGUCAGCAAGAAUUGCUCCCAGCAACAGAAGUGGUGCAGGAGUGAAGUCUAUGGCCCCAUAUCCACUGGUUUUCCCUUCACAGACAGUAAGUACGUGGUCAGAAACUGCGCAGAGAAAUGUGAGCCCACCAAUCCCAACAGUCUGGGAAUUGUACAUCCAGUUUACUGCUGCCAAGAGAACAGAUGCCUCCCGUUAAUUGCCACAAAUGGCGCAAAGAGGAUCCACAGCAGUCAAUGGGCCCUGGCUGCCGUCGCAGGUUACGCCAUCACUGCGCUCCGAGCCGCAUUAUGA